UCUCCUUCCCCAGGGCUGGGGGAGACCGGCCGUAGCCCCUUCCCCAGGAGAAUGGCCCUGGCGCUGGGGCUCUGGUUCUGCCUGCUGGGGGCGGCGGGAGCUGCGGGUCCAGUGGCGCAGCACAGCUGGGACAUCCUGUUCACGGGGGUGCAGGGCUCCAAGGGGAUCCCCAACUUCUUUGUGCUCGGGCAGGUGGAUGGUCUGGGGGUGGCCUAUUAUGACAGCACCACCCUGGAACUGAGCCCCACCCAGGACUGGAUGUGCCAGGCUGUAGAGCCCAGCUAUUUCCGGAGCAAGAGGCAGGAGCUGCUGGGGUACAAGGAGGGGUUCCAGCGCAUCAUGGGCCGGCUGCUGGAGCGCUACAACCAGACGGGCGGGGUGCACACGCUGCAGCUGCGGGUGGGCUGCUCCCUGCGGGACGACUCCCCCCAAGCCGGGGUGCUGCAAUAUGCCUACGACAGCCAGGACUUCAUCGGCUUUGACGGGCAGCGGGGGCUGUGGGUGGCGGCCGUGCAGCCAGCUGUGCUGUCCAAGCGGCGCUGGGAGGCCGACCGGCCCUGGUGCCAGUUCCUGCAGCACUACCUGCAGCAGGAGUGUGUGAAGACGCUGAGGAGCCUCGUCCGGCACGGCAGGGAGACCCUGGGGCGCCAGUUGCCCCCCGAGGUCUCGGUUUCCUGUAGAGAUGCCCCCGACGGCUCCGUCACCCUCUCCUGCCACGCCAGGGGCUUUUACCCACGUCCCAUCCACGUCUCCUGGGUGCGGGACGAAGAAGACAUCCUGGCAGAGACAGACUCCAGCGGGAUCCUGCCCAACGCCGACAGCACCUAUUACACGCAGUCGUCCCUGGAGAUCUCCCUGCAGCAGGACGGGCACCGCUACGCCUGCCGGGUGGAGCACACCAGCCUGCCGGAGCCCACACUCAUCUGGGUCCCCGGUAAGAAGGGCCUCCUGCCCCCUGGGGUCCUGGUCCCCCUCGUUCUGGCCAUGCUGGCUGGGGCCGGUGCCGCAGUAGCCGGUGUUAUCAUGUGGAGGAGAAAUCGCCCAGGCCCUGUCGGACCCAGAUACACCCCAACAGCCUGUGAGUAAAUCCCAGGAUAGCGGCCCUGAUCCCCUGUGCCAUGGAGGG